AUGGGCGGGCGGGCGUCGAGUCCCCUGGACAAGCAGCAGCAGCAGCAUCUGAGGGAUCAGGUGGACGUUCUGCUGAGAAACUUCCUGCCUUGCUAUCGCAGGCAGCUGGCAGCCUCCGUCCUGCAGCAGAUCUCCCGAGAACUGGGCCCUCUGGAGCCCGCUGGGUGCCAGCUGUUGCGCAGUAAGAAGCUGCCCCGUGUUAGAGAGCACCGAGGCCCCUUGACGCAGCUACGGGGCCGCCCGCCCCGGUGGCAGCGGAGCUUCUGCGUCCUGCGUGGGGACGGCCGCCUGGAGUGGUUCAGCGGGCACGAGGAAUAUGAAAAUGGGGGGCAGCCCCUUGGCUCCACGGCCCUGACGGGGUACACAAUUCUGACCUCACCGCUCGAGUACCUCCGCCUGUUGGACAUUCUCUGUGUGUUUUCAGGAGGCCAUGCCCAGGAAGAACCCGACCCCCUCGUGGACAUCCCUGAGAAGUUCCCCCUCUUCCUGCAGCACCCCUUUCGCAGGCAUCUCUGUUUCUCCACAGCUACAAGGGAGGCACAGCGCGCCUGGAAGCUGGCCCUCCAGGGUGGCAUCCGGCUGCGGGGCACCGUCCUGCAGCGCAGCUCGGCUCCCGCGGCCCGGGCCUUCCUGGACGCCGUGCAGCAGUACCGGAAACGCCACGGCCACUUUGGCGACGAUGACUCGACCCUGGGCUCGGAUGCUGAGGUGCUGACCGCGGUGCUGAUGCGGGAGCUGCGGCCCACGCUGCGCGCCCAGAGCCUGCCGCGCCUGCGAGGGGGGGCCCGCGCGCGGGCCUGGGCCUGGACCGAGUUCCUGGACGCUGUCCACGCCGCUGUCCUGGCCGGGGUCUCUGCAGAGCUCCGUGCCUUUCAGCCCGAAAAGGACGAGCUGCUGACCACCCUGGAAAGGCUGCUGAGCACUGUGGGGGCCACGCUGGGGGCUGUAGGGACCCUGCAUGCUCAGGGCAUCGACCGCCUGUUUCGCCACCUUCGUGGAAGCCCCUCGGGUGCGCGGCUGCGCAGGGAGGUCUACUGCUUCGGGGAGAUGCCCUGGGACCCAGAGCUCAUGCAGACGUGCUACCGAGUGGCCGAGAGGAACAGGGAGCGCCUGCGUCAGCUGACCGAGCCCUUUGGUUUCCUCGGGACCCAGAGCCUGGUGUUUAGGGUCCAGGAUCUUGCUCAGCAGCUCAUGGCCGAUGCUGCGGCCACCUUCCUGCAGCUGGCCGACCAGUGUCUGACAGCCGCUCUGGACUGCCAGCAGGCUGUGCAGCAGCUGGAAAAAGUCCGAGGGCGUGUGCUGAAGAAGUCCCAGUCGGACAGCAGCUCCACGCAGAGGCAGUUUGUCCACGAGUGGCUGGUGCGCAUCUUCCUGCCCUUCCUGCUGGUCCAGCUGGAGCCACACAGCAAGCCGUCCUUGUCAUCGGUUCCCCCUUUCCACCCCACCCUCCCAUGUACAUUUUUUGGUGCCUGGGCUUCCUCAGGCCUGUCCAGGGCUUCGUUCUCUCUCAUUUCAGAAUUGAAAGAGGCCCUGGGUGCAAACGAGGUGUCCGGCGUCCCAGAUGGUUUCUUGGCUGCCCCAUGGGUCCAGGAGGAAGCAGGUGAGGGUUUAGCGUCUAAGGGCUGUGCUCAUGAAUCUCAGAGGUGCGGGCACUAG